AUGAAGCCUCUCUUCUUCCUCCUAUUCUUUCUGUUUUCACUAGAAAAAACAAAUUCCCACCAAGUACUGCAUCCCCAGUUGGAGUUCGACCUCGAGCUCCAGCAAUUACUGAAUCAUUCCACUGCAGAAUUUAUUACCGAAAAUGAAUCAAUUAGCGGCAGAGCCAGUAGGAAGCUGGCUGGCGGAUGCAACAUUUUCCAAGGCAAAUGGGUAUACGAUGCUUCAUAUCCUCUGUAUGAUUCCUCAUCAUGUCCUUUUAUAGAUUCAGAAUUCAAUUGUCUCCAGUACAAAAGGCCUGAUAAGAUGUUUCUCAAGUAUCGGUGGCAACCCUUUUCGUGUAAUCUCCCAAGGUUUAAUGGGGUGGCUUUCUUGGAGAAAUGGAGGGGGAAGAAGAUUAUGUUUGUGGGGGAUUCACUGAGUUUGAACAUGUGGAAUUCAUUGGGUUGUAUGCUUCAUUCAUCAGUGCCUAAGUCAAGGUACAGUUUCAUACGGAGAGAAGGGAUUUCACAAAUCACGUUUCUGGAUUAUGGAGUGAGUUUAUUUCUAUAUCGGACUCCAUACCUGGUGGAUAUGGUGAAGGAAAAUAUGGGUGUGGUCCUACAGUUGGACUCAAUUCGUGACGGUGAUGCUUGGAGAGGUAUGGACCUUUUGAUCUUCAACUCCUGGCAUUGGUGGACUCACACCGGAAGAUCUCAACCAUGGGAUUACAUUCAAGAUGGUAACAAAAUAGUAAAGGACAUGAACCGUUUGAUUGCUUAUUAUAAAGGGAUGACGACUUGGGCGAGAUGGGUCAACCGCAAUGUUGACCCUUCCAAAACCAAAGUCAUCUUUCAAGGAAUUUCUCCUGUUCAUUACGAGGGCAGGGAUUGGAAUGAACCAACAAAAUCUUGCGCUGGGGAGACACAACCAUACUUUGGUGUACGGUAUCCAGCAGGCACACCUUUGGCCACAGUUAUAAUGAACAAAGUGUUGAGCAGAAUCAAGAAGCCUGUUUAUUUACUUGAUAUUACCACUCUUUCUCAAUACCGUAAAGAUGCUCAUCCCACUUAUUACAGUGAGCACAAUGGCUUGGAUUGCAGUCAUUGGUGCCUCCCUGGAUUGCCUGAUACCUGGAAUGAGCUCAUGUAUGCAGCCCUUUUCGGUUAA